GAUUAUUUGGGCCAACUUCGUUUAGUAUCAGAAACGAGGCAUAUUUUUCCAUCCCGUGCUCGCCAGCCUUUUUUCCGCCUGUCCCCAAAACAUUAUUCUCCAUGUUUCCAUGCACGUGUGAGAACUCUCUGAUAUAGAUUUCGAUGCUUCGGGGGAGGUGGGGAGGGGUUCUCUUCAAAGGAAAUUAUGCAGGAGAUCAGACAUGAGCAUAAUUGGAAACAGGCAAGCAAAUACAUUACGAUACAUAAGGUCAGCCAACACGUUCCUACGAAAGCAAGUAAAAUACACAGUUCAUCGAAAACAAAUACUCCGAACUGUACAACAAUCAAAUUCAAUACCAUCAAUCUCCUCUCCGCCCACAACCAGAAAUUCCAAAGACCUCCUUUUUUUUUCUCCACAAUCCAGCGAACUCAAAUAUGCGUUGUCCUUUUUGCGAGUUUAACAACUUCACUGAGAAUGAGAUCUGCAAUGAAUCCAAAGCCUAUCUUCCGGCAGAUCCGAUCGUUGAGAGGGUCAGUAUCACCGGGUACCCCGACAAUAUUGCGAAGAUAAAACACGAGGGGAAAGUGGAAAUGGGGAAAGAUCCUUCCAGGUCGGAUGCAGAGAGAGCGAAAGCUAAAAAAUGCAUGGUGGUAAACAUUAAUCAUUUUGGGUCGGUCGUCUCCGUUGUUCUCAACGAGAAGUAUGUGAGAGUUUCCGCGGCACAUGAGGAUGCUAGCCGUCCGGGGAGAUACGAACCUGUUCAGAAGGCCGAGUUGUGGAAAGCUCCCGGAGCGUAGAUUUGAGACAUGGCACAAAGUCUGGAGGCCGAUGCUGCUGGGUUGCCACAUGAGAUGGUGGAAGAUAUGGGGAUAGGAGACGAUUGGGAGAGAAAUGAGGAUGAGAUGCGGA